AUGAUUGUCGGGCACAAGCAACGACACGUCAAGCACGGCAGCAGGCACAGCAAGAGGAACAGAUGGCGGGCCUGUGGGGGAGGAGGUGCUGCAACAGUGGACGAGGAAGAAGCAAGAGAAGCUGUUUUUCAUCGACUAGAGAACUUAGGGUACAGGGUCGGAUUGGGUGGGGUUGAACGAUUCUCCCGAGAGGCACCUCGAUCAACAGCACCUCUCGACUGCAUCAAGUUUAUUUGCAAAGAUCUCUGGAUGCUCCUCUUUGGAAAGCAGAUUGAUAACCUCAAGACCAAUCACCGUGGCAUCUACGUCCUCACGGACAAUACCUUCAAACCCCUCGGCCGCAUGUCAUGUGACACGAAGAAAUACGACGCCACCAUGCAAGCAGCACUAGUAGCACAAACAGACGAUGUAGCGCUAGGACGGGACGCGAAUAGCCAGGCCAGGGUUCAGCCAUUCCUGUACUUCCCAGCUGAUCUGAUAAGAGGAUGUCUUGCAAGCUUAGGCAUACAAGCAACAGUUACGGCAGAGAGCGCUGGCCGGAGCUAUGUUCCAGAUCCGGACUGCGGGGGCGAAGAGCUAAGAGAAUGGGCGAGGCGGUAUACCAUCUGUUUUUCAGCGGCAUUGUGCGGCGUUGAAGGGUCCUAUCAAGUUGAUGUACUUGAAUGGCUAUGGGAUUACUUCCGGCGAAUAACCACUUGA